AUGUCAGGUUACGCCCAUUCUCUCGACGGUAUGGAGGCCUCCUUGGCCCCGGAGAACGAGGGCAUCUACCGCACCAAGCCUCUGCCCUCGCCUCCACCUGCCCCCCCUAUCCCAUCCAAGAGCUCGGCCAGACCAUCAGUGAGGCUCAGCCUUUUCCCUUCUGCCGCUAGACGGGGAAACAGCGUCGAAGACCUGCAUCCCACCAUCCAGCCUAUGGCUCUUCCGCACCGCUCAACCACGAGCUUGCCCGGUACUCCUUUUGCAGAGCACCGCCAGUCUCUCAAAGUUCAGCAACUCACUGGCCAAGUCGGCCUUUGUUUCGACUGGAGCCCCACCCAUGGCUUCUCUCCAGUGGCAUCUCCAGUUCUGAUCCGGGACGACUCAUCCAGCAACUACAGCCAGUCAGUGGACGAGCUCGCCCUCGAGGAUGAGUACGUGAACAUGCCAAAGUGCAGUGAAUGCUGCAUGCCCCCGCUACUUGAGGACGAGGACGACAACGACAACGACGGAACCACUAGCAACCGCAGCUCGACCGGCCCGAAGUCGCCUCAACCGCUCCUGCACAGCACCGCCUCCAUGAAGAGGGCGUCUAGCAUCUACAGCAACACUCCAAGCAUCGUGGAGCCGAUUGUGGAUAUCGACGACGAUCAGUUUGACACGGACAGUGACUCCUGGCACAUGAGCCAGUCGUACAGCCACUUCAGCGACACCGAGACCGCAGAUGAGUACCACCGAAUUACCAGCAACCUGGCCCUCCUCGACAAACAGCAGCGGGGCCGCAACCUGAGCCCUGGGCUUGCCCGCAGCCGGUCGCUGACCAGCCGCCUCAGCGGCACGGCCAAGUCUCUCUUCCACCGACGGCGAGAGCCUCCCAGGUCGGUUUGCUCGGCCCAUGGGUCUUUCGCGGGCGGCGACCGUCCCGAUAAGUCGGCUCUCAGCCCUCCCUCCCCUAAUCCUCCGCAGGGUGCCAUGUCCACCCCCUCUCGCAGCGUCUUUGAGACGUCGGACGACGAGGAGUCUGAGCUCGAAGAAGGCCCCAUGAGGGACCUCAAGGAGUUCUUCUCUCGCCGAUCUGAAGAACGGGGAGCGUCCAAGACGGGAUCGGUCUUGAUCCCACGCAGCGUGCCUCAUCAGCAGGCCGAGGUUUUGGAGGCGCCCUUCGCCGAUGACAUGCUCAGCAACGCCAAGCUAAUGUCCAAGGCCGAGAGGCGCCAGCAUCAGCUGAGGGCCCAGAUCAAUAUCAUCCCGGAGGAGGCCCUCUCGCGAUGA